AAGAAAGAACUAUUUCCAACAGCCUGCCCACCAUCUUCAAACACUAAAACCCUAAAUCCCUCACUCAGUCUGUUAACAAAACCCGCCAGUCCGCUACUGCUUAAAACCCUAAGACCAAUAACCUUCUUCUAGGGUUUUAGCCGAACGCCUCCUUAACAAGACUCUCUCCUUGUAAGCAGGCAUGACGACAAGUGUAGCUUCUCAAUUACAAGCAAUCCGGUCAGUGAUUCAAACUGGUUUGGAGUCCAAAAAACGUCCCAUCACCCGACCCUCCAUUUUAUUCGAUCCUAAAGAAGCUGCUGAUCUUGAUAUCGAUACUAUACUUGACAUUGCACUUUCAGGUUUGGAAGUUCUUGUAAGCGCGGAUGAAAGGUUUAAGAACUAUAAAAAUGAUCUGUUUAGUCAUAAAAGUAAAGAGUUGGAUAGAGAAUUGAUGACUGGCGAGGAAAAUAAGCAUAUUAACUCGACCAUCAGUUCAUAUUUGAGGUUACUAUCUGGACAUCUUCAAUUGGCUGCAUCACUUAGGACACUUGAGUACUUGAUACGAAGAUACAAGAUACAUGUAUACAAUUUCGAGGAUUUGAUUUUAUGCUCAUUGCCUUACCAUGAUACUCAUGCAUUUGUUCGAAUAGUUCAGUUGAUUGAUACAAGGAAUGGUAAAUGGAAGUUUCUAGAUGGUGUAAAAGCAUCAGGUGCACCGCCACCUAGAAAUGUCAUGGUGCAGCAGUGUGUUCGAGAUAUGGGAGUUUUGGAGGCGUUGUGCAACUAUGCAUCUCCUGCAAAGAAGUUCCAGCCAUCAAGGUCUGUUGUCAGCUUUUGCACAGCAGUGGUCAUAGAGGUAUUGGGUUCUAUAACUACAGUCAAUACAGAUGUUGUGCAGAGAAUCCUUCCAUUUGUUAUUUCUGGACUUCAGCCUGGCAGCAAAGGAGGUUCAGAUCAUAAGGCUGCUGCUUUGAUGAUUGUUUGUCUAUUAGCAAAUAAGGUUUCCUUGUCUCCAAAACUUGUCAAAAGUUUGAUGCGAUCAAUUGCUGAGAUAGCUCAGAAAGAUGCAAGCAAGUCAACUGAUCUGCAAUGGUUUCGUUUGUCAAUUAUGGCUCUAAUAAAUCUCGUUCAGUUGCAAUCAAUCGAUGUGUUCCCAAAGAAGGUACUGGAGAUUUUGAAGGAAACCAGGGAAAUAGCUGGGGUUCUUAUGGGACUUUCUAAGGAGUUCAAUAUCGAUAGAUUUCUUGCUGUGCUUUUGGAAGCUCUGGUUGACAACAGUUCUUCUGAUGAUACAUAUCAUCAUGUUUUGGUAUCCAUAUUGGAGACAGUUCCCAUAAAGAAUUUUGUUGAUCGUGUUGUUUCAAAGGUCCUCUUGUCUUGCAUGAAAAUGUCUCAGAAAAAUAGCAACCCAUCAUCUCAAUCUGGAAGCUGGGCAAAGGACAUUCUGAUGGUUAUUAAUAAAAUUUAUCCAUUUGAACUUCAUCAAGCUGUUCAGAAGUUUUUGGAGGACACCAAAGUGCAAUCCAAAAAUGAUGAUGCAGUUUUUGAGAUUUGCAAAAUGUUGGAUGGGAACUUGGAUAUGUCAGCUUCCAUCUCUGAUUCUAAAAUUUGGCUUGCUUUGCACCAUCCAAAGGCUGAGGUCCGGCGUGCUACAUUGUCUGGUUUAAACAGACAUGUUGAUCUGAAAAACAUGGCUGUUGAUUCAAAGAGGCUUGUAACCAUUCAAGAUGCUGUAUUGUGCCAACUUCGUGAUGAUGACCUAACAGUUGUUCAAGCAGCUUUAUCUCUUAAAGGAUUGUCUGAAAUCAUCAGUCCUUCUGAUCUUCUCAAAGCAUUAGAUGGCGUGCUUAAAAAAUGUGUUAGCACCCUAAGGUCAGGUGCAUCAGAUAAAGCUGCUUUAGCUAAUGACGUUGCAAUUGCAUUUUUGAAGACUGCUGUCUCAACAUUUCAUGAUCAGAUUGAUUAUUCAAAGAAACUUGCUGCCAUGAUGUUUCCUCUUCUCCUAAUUUUUCAAAAGACACAGAGCCUAAAUUUGGAGGUCUUGGAAUUAGUGAAAGAAGUGAAGUGGCCAUUUUAUAAUGAUCUCACCGCUGUUUCCUCUGAAGUGGUGAAAUUACAACAGGAAGUUAUAUCUUCGAUCAACAUGAAGAUUGUUAAUGGCUUGGCAGAAACAUUUUCAAUGCACCCAGGUAAGUAUAUGACCUGGCUUGUCGACAGCUCCAGUGACUGUACUGUCUCGAAGACGCUUCUGCUCUUGGUUCUGAUGCAAUCAUUUAUUAGGCCAAAGAAUAAAAGUGAGCAAUUCUCAGCACUUUUUGAAGCUUUCUUUUCUUUUCUGAAGACCGAGUGGGAGCUGCAGUCUGCAGUUGUUUCUGGGAAUGAGUUCAAUAAUGAAAUGCUUCAAUGGGAUUGUGGAAGGUUCCUAGAUCAGCUGUUUGACACCGAUCUUAAGGCAUUAAAUAUUAAUAUCCUAAUCUGCACCUUUUGGAGGUUACUGGAGGCUUUUACUUCAAUGGAGGACAAUCAGCAGUUGAUUAGCAGCAGACAUACAGAUUUAUUUGUCUUUUUCUCGAACUCUCAGUCCAAGCAUUUUUUCAAGGAGCAUCUUCAUUACCUUGUUACAAAAUGCAAGAUCUCUCCUAUUGAUUUUCUGUCUGGUUUUUACACUAAUGAAGACAUUUCCAUUACUGUCCAAGUUGAGAGCCUUCAUUGUCUUGCAUUCCUUUGCUCAGAACCCGACGAUAGAUUGCUGCUUCAGCUUCUAUUCAGUUUCCCCUCACUUCUUGUUCCUCUUGCCUCUGAUAGCCAGGAUCUCAGGAUUGCUUCCAUGGGCUGCAUUGAAGGGUUAUCUGCUCUGUCACAUCGCGCUGACUAUUUAAGCAAGAAAAAUGGGAACAAUGCAAAUUGGAGUCAUUUUCUUGAUGAGUUAUUGGGCCUGAUUGUGCAACAAAAAAGGCUUAUAUUAUCAGACAGUAAUUUUCUACCCUCGUUUUUGUGCUGUUUGCUUGGCUCAUCCAGGAAUAGCCUUCUGGUACCACAAAAUGUUGAACAAAGAUUUGAUCAAUCUACAAAAGAAAAGAUUCUUGCCUUUGUCUUGGGGUCUGGACUUCAACUUUCCUCGUUUGCAAAGAUGAUGAUUAUAUCUUUGCUUAAAGGAAUGGGCAGUGCGUUACUGCAUGUUAAAGAAGCUGAGUCAUUGCUGUCUCAACUUCUGAAAAGACGCCGUCAAUAUUAUUUCGAGGUGGACCGGUCAUCCCAGAAAUUGUCCAAAACCGAAGUCAAGAUCUUGUGCCUUCUACUGGAGGUUUGUGCCAUGCCUCCAUCACUGGAGGGGCAUGCUUGUGAAGAUUAUCUAUUAAAGGCCCUGCAACUGGAUGGGCUCUCUUCUGAAGAAUUUGCCAUUAUAGAACCUUGCAUUACUGUUUUGCAGAAGCUAAGUGCCCCAUUAUACAGUGGAUUGACAACUGAAAAACAGGAGCUUCUAUUUCGUGAGCUUGUGAUUUUGUUUCGCAAUGCUAAUGGUGAUAUACAAAAUGCAACAAGAGAGGCCUUGAUGCGCUUAAAUAUUACCUGCUCUACGGUAGUCCAUACAAUCAAAUUCAUAUUCGAACAAGAAAGUCGUAUAGGUGGUUCUGCAUCCGGGAAGAAGAAAAGGAAAUCUAUAGUACAUCAAACAUCCACCUUAGAUGGUGAUGUGGUUUGUAAAGUAGAAACUGCAUUAUGCUUGCUAAGCUCCCUCCUUGACAUAUUGAUUCUCAAGAAAGAUAUUGCUAGCAGGGAGCAUCUGAUAGGGCCCUUAUUCAAACUUCUUGAGAAAAUCUUUUCGGAUGAUUGGAUGCCUGCCCGAGAUGAAAACUGGAUCAAAGCUUCAUAUGGAGUUUCCCAGACUGGGUCUAGCACAAUUUGUUACACUCAGCAAACACUUCUACUUGUUCUUGAAGAUAUUAUCGGUUCACUUAAAAAUGUAAUCCCAUUAAAGGAUGACAUAACAAAUAAAAUCAAUAUCAAAUUGUUGAUCAUGUGUGCCCGGUCUGCUAAGCAUGGAGUCGUCCGCAACCAUGUAUUUUCACUGUUAUCAUCCAUUGUAAAGGUUGUUCCAGAGAAUAUAAUGGGGUAUAUAUUGGAUAUAUUUACCGUUGCUGGAGAAUCAACUGUUUCACAGAUUGACAGCCAUUCACAACAUGUGUUUGAGGAUCUUAUAUCUGCAGUUGUCCCCUGCUGGCUGGCUGAGACACGCAACACAGACAAAUUGCUCCAGGUUUUUGUGAAUGUAUUGCCCAAAAUUGCUGAGCAUAGGAGGCUGUCAAUCGUCGUGUACUUGUUGAGGACUUUGGGUGAACAUAAUAGCUUGGCUUCGUUGCUUGCCCUUCUUUUCCGGUCCUUAGUUUCUAGGAAAGGACUCUCCCUCCUUGAUGAAACAAAUGAUCUUACAUCUUCUGCAGAGAGAGAGUGGGAGUAUGCAUUUGCAAUUCGGAUAUGUGAGCAAUAUUCAUGCAGGAUUUGGCUUCCCUCCCUUGUUCCUCUGCUUCAACUAAUAGGAGCUGGCAAUUCAUGCCAAGAAAUUUUUAUGGAAUUGCUAUUUGCAACAGAAUUUAUUUUACACAAGUUAGAAGAUCCAGAAUUCUCUUUCAAACUUGAUUCAAGCGAGGAUUCAGAUAAAAUUCAGGAAACCCUUCAAGAACUUUUGGAGCACGUUGUUUGCCUUUCACAACUAAGCGAUUUGAGAAGAAAACAAAUAAAUGUGCCUGUUAGAGUCAGAAAGGAAAUGAAAGAGUGUAUGCAUGGUGUUUUGAGGUCUACUACAGCUGUUAUGAUCCCCUCCGCAUACUUCAGAGGCAUCAUUAGUUUGCUUUGCAAUUCAGAUGGAAAUGUGAAAAAGAAGGCUCUUGGGCUUCUUUCUGAGACGUUGAAGAAGCGUGAGUCAAUUAAAACGAAACACAAGGGAAGAAGAGAUUCCAUUGCAAGUUCAAUUACUGAUUGGUUCCAUGUGGAUGGGAGUACCCUCGACUCUUUUCAGCAGAUGUGUUUGGAAAUUGCUCGGCUAAUUGAUGAUACAAUGGAUGACUCAGAUACCUCCUUGAAACUGUCAGCAGUUUCUACACUGGAAGUUUUGGCCCAUAGAUUUUCUUCUAAUUAUUCUGUCUUCAGCAUGUGCCUUCCAUCUAUCACAAAAGGCAUUUGUUCGAACAACUUGGCUAUUUCUUCUAGCUGCCUUCGAACAACUGGUGCUCUAGUCGAUGCUCUUGGGCCAAGAGCAUUUGUUCAGCUUCCUCAAAUAAUGGAGAAUGUGAUAAAAACUUCUAGCAAAUUCUCUGCUGCACUGUCUCUUCCUGAAGAAUCUCUCAUGCUCUCUAUUCUUCUUGCUUUAGAAGCUGUUGUAGACAAGCUGGGUGGUUUCCUCAAUCCAUAUCUUGAAGAUAUUAUACGACUCGUGGUGCAUGGUCCUGAGUACACAUCAGGAUCAAAAAUGAAACUGAGACAGAAAGCUGAUGCAGUACGGAAGCUGCUUACUGAGAAGAUCCCUGUUCGACUAGCUCUUCCACCGUUGUUGAAGAUGUAUCCUGAUACUGUGGAGGCUGGGGAUUCAAGUUUGGCAGUUUUCUUUGAAAUGCUUGGAAGCUUAGUCGGUACAAUGGACAGAUCAUCUGUUGGUGGUUAUAAUGAAACCAUUUUUGACCUCUGCUUGCGUGCUCUUGAUCUUCGUCGUCAACAUCCUGUUUCAAUUCAAAAUAUUGAUCUAGUUGAGAAAAGCAUUAUCAAUGCAAUGAUUGCUCUGACAAUGAAACUUACGGAGACCAUGUUUAAGCCGCUCUUUAUUAGAAGUAUUGAAUGGGCUGAGUCAUAUGUAGAAGAAAAUGACAGUAAGGACAAUGUUAUAGAUAGGGCCAUAUCUUUCUAUGGUCUGGUAAACAAACUUGCUGAGAAUCAUCGGUCUCUGUUCGUCAGUUACUUUGAGUACUUGCUAGAGGGUUGUGUUCGGCAUCUUACCAAUAUUGUAAAGCCUAAAGGUGCUGGUUUGAUUCAAAAGAAAAAGAAAGCUAAGAUUCAGGAAGCUGGAAGUGAUAUAAAAGAGAACAGUGUCCUAACACUUAAAAGCUGGCAUCUCAGGGCUUUGGUCAUUUCAGCUUUACAUAAAUGCUUUUUGUACGACACUGGGAGCCGGAAGUUUCUUGAUUCGUCAAAAUUUCAGGUUCUGUUGAAGCCCAUUGUAUCACAGCUUAUAGCCGAACCACCAGCAUUACUGGAAGAGCAUCCAAGUAUCCCAUCAGUUAACGAAGUUGAUGAAUUGUUGGUAGUUUGUAUAGGUCAAAUGGCAGUUACUGCAGGAACUGAUCUUCUUUGGAAGCCCCUGAACCAUGAGGUAUUGUUGCAAACUCGGAGUGACAAGAUACGAUCUCGAAUUCUAGGACUGAGAAUUGUUAAAUAUCUUAUGGAUAACCUGAAAGAUGAAUAUUUGGUCUUCCUGCCUGAAACCAUCCCAUUCCUUGGUGAAUUGCUCGAGGACUUGGAGUUACCUGUUAAAUCUCUGGCCCAGGAUGUUCUAAAGGAAAUGGAGUCCAUGAGUGGUGAAAGCCUUCAGCAAUAUCUCUGAUUUUGCUUAUUCAGUGCCCAAUACGAUAUAGUUAUGCUGAGCUAAUGUAUGUAAUGUUAUGUUUUGACGGAAAGGGCACAUCACAAUUUUGAAUUUAUAGAAGAUUUAGGUCAACUACCCAGCUUAAUCUUUUGCUUGGUUUCUGUGAGGUUAGGAAGUCUACAGCGCCAUGGUGUUGAGUACUUGGGUGCAAGAAAUUUGUUAUCAAGCCAUGGAUACUUGUCUGUAUCACUGUACAAGCAACAGUGCUAUUAUAUAUGGAAGCAAUUCUUUUCAUGUCUUUUAAAA